GGGUGAAAAUAGGAUGGAAAAAAAAGAAGCAACCAUGUGUUUAAUCGGUUUGCAAUUGCCUGUUGUGACAUUCUGAAUACCACUGAAUGAAUUAGCCGUCCAUACAUGUCUGGAUCAUCUUUCCCGUUUCAAGCCACUUUCCACAGACGUGCUCGCGGGUCGCGGAGCCGCCAGAAGAGGGCAUUCGGAUUCUGCGUGGUUAAAGUUGCUCUGGCAUGCAGACGCACUCAUUAACAACAGCGUCACGCCGAUUGAAACUGCGUGGAUGAGGGAGGAAAACGGACGAGAAAAGGUGGAUAUUUGGAUAUUGGACUAUUUUCUGAGUUUUGGUGUUGACUUGUGGAGAAAGCAGCGUUACUUUGCUCUGUGCGCCAUGCGCGGUCCAGACAGAGCAUCCUCUUCUUGACGACAGCGGGCUUCUAGCUGCUUAGGGGAGGAAUCUAGGGCUCCUUUUUGUGUGGAAAAUCGCAUCAUAUCACGGUAACGGUGAAAUUCUUUGACGGGUUUUGUGCUGGAUCUUCAUGUGCAUUUAGAGACUGCCAUGGUCCACUUGGAUGGGACUGCGCCUGCUGCAGCGGGCAUUUCUUUUUGGCUCCAACUUGGACACGGCGGGUCUUUUUGCAGUAAAAACAUGGACGGGGAGUUUUAAAAUUGCUGUAGAAAACACCAAGCUAUUCAUCCUAAAGUGGAGCUACAUGUGCGACGCUGCUGACAUUUAAACCGGACUACACACCCAGGCGGAGCAGGUGCGCUCAGACUAGGUUUGUGGAUUAGGACAGUACCUGUUAGUGGAAAUGCCUACCAGAAUCCAUUAAAACCUGUAGUUGGACUGUACAGAUACGCGGAUAUGGGCUGUGCUCUGCAACGUCGUUGGCUAGUCGUCCAACUCCUGAUGCAGGUGUGGCUUGCAGCAAGCCCAGCUCUAACAGAGCGCCCAUGCCCAAAGAGCUGUCGCUGUGAUGGAAAAAUUGUGUACUGUGAGUCAAGUGCAUUUCGUGAUGUACCCAAGAACCUCUCAGGAGGAUGUGAAGGACUGUCGUUAAGGUACAACAGCCUCAUGAACCUUCGGGCAGGUCAGUUUGUUGGCCUUAACCACCUCAUCUGGCUUUAUUUGGACCACAAUUACAUCACAUCUGUAGAUGGGAUGGCCUUCCAGGGAGUUCGCAGGCUCAAAGAACUUAUCUUGAGCUCCAACAAGAUCACCUCUCUUCAUAACACUACAUUCCAUCCUGUACCCAAUUUACGUAAUCUGGACCUGUCAUACAACAAACUGGAAGCUUUGCAAUCAGGGCAGUUUCAAGGCCUACGGAAGCUUCUCAGCCUCCACAUACGUUCAAAUUCACUAAAAAUCCUGCCAUUACGUCUCUUCCAAGAUUGCAGAAAUCUUGAGUUCCUGGAUCUGGGUUACAACCGUUUGCGCAGUAUCACUCGGAAUGCACUUUCAGGUUUAGUUAAACUGACAGAGCUUCAUCUGGAACACAACCAGUUCUCUAAGAUAAAUUUUUCCCAUUUCCCUCGCCUCUACAAUCUGCGGGCACUUUACCUUCAGUGGAAUCGCAUUCGCUCAAUGAGUCAGGGCCUGACCUGGAUUUGGGGCUCCAUCCAAAAGCUUGAUUUGUCUGGGAAUGAUCUGUCUGAGUUAGAUGCUGUAGUUUACCAGUAUUUGCCCAACCUACAAACCCUCAAUUUGGACUCCAACAAGUUGACCAAUGUGUCCCAUGAGGUGGUUGAUGCCUGGAUCUCUGUAACUACAAUUAGUUUGGCGGGAAAUGUGUGGGACUGUGGGCCAGCUAUUUGUCCUCUUGUCUUUUGGCUAAGGAAAUUCAGGGGUGCAAAGGAGACUACCAUGAUUUGUGCCUCUCCAAAGAGAGCUCAAGGUGAGAAAGUGAUGGACGCUGUUGAAGCUUUUGGUGUUUGUCAAUCAAACCCAGUGACAAUGCUCACCGCCAACGUUCCCCCAACUCCAUACAGUGUCUCUGAGCAGCCUGGACAUCACCCAGCUAUUUUGGUUUCACCCACUGGUUCUGGAAAGAGAGGAGACGGCUCUAUUAGGAGCCCAACUUCAUCAGCUGUUACCCAGACAGUGGCACUUCCCCCAGAUCAAGACAUGGAACCUGUGUCCUUCCACAAGAUUGUUGCUGGAAGUGUUGCCCUUUUUCUCUCUGUUGCGAUGAUCCUGUUAGUAAUCUACGUGUCAUGGAAGCGCUAUCCUAGUAGUGUCAAGCAACUGCAGGAGAAUUCAUCGGCGGCCCGCAAGCGGCGCAAGAAGUCAAGGGAAACAGAACGCACCUUGAGCUCUCCUCUGCAGGAGUACUAUGUGGACUAUAAACCCAACAAUUCUGAGGCCAUGGAUGUGCUUGUCAACGGAACCGGAACCUGCACUUACACCAUCUCAGGCUCUCGAGAAUGUGAGGUUCCCCAUCAGAUGGGUGCACUGACCUUCUACCGAUAUGAGCAGCCAAUCGUAGACUACUGCCAAGCCCAUCAACCCUUGCGGUUAAACAUGGGCUAUGAAGGACCCCCUCAGGGCCUUGAGGGCCUGGAAGACCUGGGGCCAUGUGAGAGGGGCACUAUACAGACAGUGGCACUACCGGCUGUGCCCACCGCUACCGCCAUAGGACCCUCUGUGCCAGGGCCUCGCUCUCCCCCAGCCCUCAGACCACCCACUGAGGCUCCCAGUGGAAGUCUUCCCACCGAGCGCACUGGCACGCUUAAAUUUGGACGCUAGCGGGCUGGACAUGGACCGUCGAUAAAUCAUGACUUGAAAAUGAUGGGGCAGCUGAGCUGGUUAUUCAGUUGGGCCUUCUGUUUGUAACAUGAGAGCAUGAACGAGAUCAAAAUUUAGAAAUUACUGUCAGGAUUUUGCAGAUUUUGCUGUCUAAUCUCAACAUAUCACCACUGAUCAUUUGAUGGAUUAUUUUCCAGGGGACCUCAUAGAUCUAUAGCUAGCCUUGAAUAGGUCAAAGAGAAGCUUGUUUUUGAAUUUGGUGUUGUCGCAACAUUCUGAAAGUGCACUGGCUGUGCCUUGGAGAUGAGAGAAAAGAGCUCUCGGUGACAAAAAGCUAGACUCCAUGUGAAGAGUGGCGCGUCUGUAACUGUGAUUACUAUUGUAAUUUAUGUUCAGCAGUUUUCCACAGAUGCAAAUUUCUAUCAUUAUUUCAUAAAGAUGAGUCGCCUCUCUCAAAAUGUUUAAUUACGCUCACUUUGUCUUUGCUUUUGGUUUGAUUUUUUUUAAAUGUGAGUUAUAGCCAUUAAUUACUUUAAUGUACAUAUCAAGCCAAAGAGGGUUUUUUUUUCUUUUUGAUGCAAAUGCACAUAAGCCGAGGGCAUUCUUCAAAUUCAAACAAUACAUCCUCAGUUGUCUGAGUUUGUGAACAGAUUGGCAAAGUAAUCAGACAAUUACGAAUUGGCGUUCAUCACGUUGUUAUUGUAUAUCCUGCUGGAUCGGAAAACUGUUCAGGAGGAACAACCACAGACGUAGGCAUGCUCCGUAUUUAAACAUUCAAGGGCCUGUUAAAAGAAGGGCAGACAUUUGAGAAAGGUAUGCGCUAAAACGAUUGCCACGUAUUGUACAUAUUCUUCAAAAGGUCCGCUUUCAUCAACCACUCACUGCCCCAUUUGAAAUCUUAUUUAACUUGCAUCACAAGCAAGACAAUUAGGAGGGAACUAUCUCUGGCCAUGUUGCUCUCUGUAAACCAAUGCCAAGUGGAGGCAUGUUGAAGCAGCAAGUUGACAUUGGAUGGACCUGCGGAUGGACCUAUGGGACUGGACCGGGAAAUACCGCCUGUCUUCGAGCCCGGGACUUAAUUGCUCUCUGUAAACUUUUGUCAAACAUGCCAGGCAUUGCUGUUCACGGACUUAUGGAGCAGGAAAGACUCAAAGCAAGCAAUGCAUGUGUUUUUUUGUUUGUUUUUCUACAUGCAAGUGAUGAUACACGCAGGAAUUAUUGGAACUCUUCCUGGUUCAGCUGAAGGAACUGUGACAGGCCAAUAUUUCCCCCACAUGGACAGGUUGUAUCAUCAAGACAAAAUGGGAAGUAUUUAUCAUUUGUUUUCAGUUUUUUUUUUGUCAAGGAGCAAAAGAUACAUUUUUUUGAGGUGUGCAAAGAUGAUGUCAAGACAUUCUAUAGACGUAUCAAAAGUCAGAAUCCAAUAGAACUUAUUUAUCGUGUAAAUAGAAAAUCUUUAAAGAUGGGAGGACAAAUUUGACUUUCUGCUAAAACAUCUUGUGAACAGAGGAGCCUUAUUCAUUUUCCAGCGGGGGUGUCUGCGCAUUAUAAAGUAAAGCUUCGUAAAGAGGUUGAUACUGUACUGCUCCUGUUUCAAUGAUAACUAUUUUUAUAUUUGCUACCAUAACUAUUCUGCCAUCCAGACUUUCAACACUAUGCCAUGUCUUCAACCCAAUCAUCAACAAAACGACAUCGUGGAAGGACGUUUGAAAGCUAUUUUUGUGACGUGUCCACCAUACUUUUGGUUCUAUUGCAACGGCUGUAUGAAAGGUUGUGUUAUCCCAAUCCAUACCUCUUGUUGGAAUUUCUACCGAUAUUUAUUUCACGUGCCAUUACUGCAUCACUGUUAAAUGUUUGCACAAACAGCAAAUCUUUACGAGGUCUUCACAAUUACAUGAAAAAAAGAAGGGUUCAGCCCCCCCUUGGUGUACAGUACAUUGCGUAAAAAAAAAAAACCAACAAAAAAACAGUGGGUCAGCUUAGUAUGGUUGCUUCAUAGUGCUGGUCGAGUUUCCUUUUGUAAAAGCAGCUGUACCGAUAUCUUUAUAAUAGGAGCUCUCUCAAUUACUGUCUGCCUUGCUCUAUAGCACUUCUGCUAACUCUUUGGCCCCAAUUUAUGUCUGCCUCUUGUUGACCUGGGUGUACCUGUUUAAUGAUUUCUCCCUGCAUGCUUGGGGCUCUAUAUCUUGUUAGGGAAAAUCUAACAACUACAGGAGAUACUUGCUGUUCGAGAACUCCACGAAAGUGUCAGCGACUUUUGGGGGACCCUUUCUGCUGCUGUGACGCCUUUAGUAGAACUUGCUUGCUUGUCCUUGGGAGUUUCGUUGGUAUUACCUCGUUGGUUCAUGGUAAAAUACACAUCAUUAUUUCGCCACAUCGUCAAACUGCAGCAGCGACUUUUGCCCACUUUGUUUGAGCAAAAGGCUGCACUAAGGACACAAAAAGAUAUUUGUAAAAACUGAUUUUUCAGUGCAUUUUGACCUUUUGUCCACACACAGUGUUAUGUUCUUUAAAAAUUGAGCUUUUAGAAACACCCGGGUCAGUUCGACUUGUUCACAUUUGGACGGAAUAAGAUUUAAUUUUUUCCCUUUGUUCCAUGAAAGAUGUGCAUGAAACUUAAAGGUCCACUAUUAUACAAAGCUGACUUUUAACGACGUUAUAACGGUAAUAUGUUUCCCUCGAGCCCGUUUAAGACCAUCAAACAUGAGAAAAAACGAAAAUCUCCCUCACUUGUUUGCUUUACAUUUGAGAAAAGAGGCGCUCAAACAGUCAGUUUUAAAGUUUUCUUGACCAUACAUGUCCGCCCUCCCCUUUUCAGUGGGAAACUACAGUAUUUUGCCCUUCUUUCCCGCCACCCCUCAGGUUUUGAUCGCUUCCUGUAUUUUUCCCAUAUUUUAACUUGCAUGAAAAAAAAACCCUGUCCAAGAUUGGUGUACUACAUCCUGGAGCUGGUAAUUUUUCCCUUUUUUUCUGGAAUAUUUUCCUUAUUUCAGAAUGUAAUUGUUGUUGAUGUAUGUUCAUGACACCAUGACGGGAGAACCAUGAUACCGCCUCUGAUCCGGCCCUAGCUAGACGAGCCCGGGCCGUGUAUAUGUUCACUACUUCACAAAGAACAGCUUUGUAAACAAAAAGCAGGCUUCCCUACGAGAUUGAAAAUAAAGCCUCGGACUUUGCCAACUAAACGCCAGUGAGCCGCCGCUGUCCAUUUGAUCAUUUCUGUUUUUCUUAAGCUCGCCUAGCCUGUUAAAAUUUGACUGUAAUGUUAGCAGUGUAGCUCACAGAGCUAUGCUAGAUUUGCUCAUGUUUGUCAGGGGUCGGCAACCUUCACCAUCAAAAGACCAAUUAUGACACAUCUUCCAGGAAAGAAAAAUAGUCUGGAGCCGCAAAACAUGACACAGCCUAUGAACUUUAAAUGUUGGAAUCGUUUUCAAAAUGCAACUGCUACAACAACAGAAUUUAACUUAGCGUGCUUUGUAGGCCGACUUUGAAAUAAUUGAAAAACUGAACUAUGGCUACGUUCACACUGCGGUGUAUGAUGAUGUCCAAUUCAAAUUUUUUGUUAAAAUCCGAUUUUUUAUGUCAAAGCGUCGGAAGUGUCGUGCAUGCGUAACAGCCCGACGUUGCACACGUUUAUGUGUUUACGGAAGUAAAGAUUGCUGCAGUAUGUGCUCUCCUUAACGCGUUGUGGCAAUUUCAAGGAUUUUGUGCAACGGGAGUCAAUAUUUUCUUGAGAACUUGCUGCGAUGUCUGUUCCGAGGACCGUGUGGAUGGCAGGAGUGGGCGAGCAUUGCAGUGAGCCGCUUCAAUGACCCUAUUUAAAAAUAAUUUUUGUACGACAAGAAGAACUUUUUCCUACAUUGGUGAGUACCUUAUCCAAGUCUUGUUUCGUAAGCCAUGUCUUUCGAUGACGUAUAGGUCGGAUAUAUGCGACCUGACCGUUCAGUCUGUAGAGUGCAUACACAUGAGAUGUAUACUGUAUCUACAUACGAAUAAGGCCUGAGUCGAAUUUGUAGAAAUCUGAAUUGCACUGUUCACACUGACAUGAAAAAACUUAGAUACAGGUCACAUAUGACCAAAAAAUAAUGGAAUUGACCUGCAGUGUGAACAUAGCCUAUGUAAGCCGUUUUAAGCCAUUCCCGUAUUUGUGUAAAAUUAAAACAACACCAAGCCAACUUUAACAGUUGGGCACUUUGACAAAAAAGCUUGUUUUGAAAAGGUCUUUCAACGUUACAUUUUUUGUUGUUUGCUAUUUUGUAGCCACAUAUAAGCCAGCGUCAAUGGCAGUGAAAGCAAAGGAACACAGUAGUGUGUGUCCUUUCAGAAUUAAACUGUUCUUUUCUUGAGAGAUCUUUGACGUAUACAUGGUUGUUAGCUUACCGUGGGGGUAGCACACUCAACAAGACGUCAUUUUCGUGUCUCACUGCCCACACUGGCGCCCCUCCCCCUUUCCUUGCUCGUCUAAUCAGCAGUCCAGAACGCAGUCUAGAUGCAUUCACGGACUGGCGCUGCGUCGGGUAUUUCAAAGCUUUUUGAAACUGCACAUUUCCUCCACUUCGGUGCUUAAAAAAAAAUCACAGAGCUUUGCGAAGGGAGCCGCCUGUUGCCGACCCCUGGUUUAUGUCUUCUGACACAUGGCAUCUAUUACACUGGACAAGUGUAGAGAGUUACAGUCUAUAUGUAAAAAGCGGGAAAGUGCGCAAUAAUACCUCUCGGAGUCACAGGCUGUUGGAGACAGGCUUGGACAAAAACAGCUAAUUAGCAUUAAGGAUUCAGACAUGCAAAACAGCGUGUUCCCAGUAGGGCUUGGUAAAACUGCUGUUCUAAACUCCAGCAUCAAGGCUAGAUUCUGGGCAACACUUUUAAUACACUAUUGUGGGACCUCUGAGAGUUAUUUAAAAUUGCUGAAAAAUAAUAUGGGACCUUUAAGUGCACGGGCACUGAAAAAAAAUCCAUCCAUGUUUUCUCCUGGGCUCAAUUUCAGGUGGUAUUUUUUUCCCCCUUGAAUUAUGUUGCGUGUGGACAUCAGUUUUAAUCUGUAUUUCAAUUUUUAUCUCAGAAUUACCCAGAGUUGGUUUCAUGAAGAUUGGGCUUCAACAUCCUGAUAAGCCAAGGGAAAAGCUUGGGCUGGGUGGAAGGGUGCUCACUCAUGGAAAUAUCUCCUGCUAAAUCCCAGCAGACUUUUGCCAAGACCAGAAAACUGGACUGGUGUAUGCAUGUGGGUUCCUGGUGCAUGAUGGUUUGUGACGUUGCGAAUGGAAGGAUAGCGCUAUUUUGAUUCUCGGGUCAAAUCACAGGUUCAUAAUCAGUAUAUCCAGAUCCUGAUACUAAUUGACCAACACGUUGACCAACAAUUGCCUUGCUUCAAUAUCACCUGGCAGAAGUAAAAAUGACCUCAGUUUAAAUAACGAGCUCAGUCCAAACCAACAAAUUCUUUCUCACCAGGUAUCGAUAAAUUCUGAUUUUGUCGCGAAUGAAUGCAAACGUAAUGAGCAAGCAAGUGCUGCUUGCUAUUAUUUUCCUCGAUUGUCCAGUUAUUUCUCCAUUAGGGAGUUGAACACAAACUGCACACUUGAUGAUGCGUGUUUGAGCUGAAGUUCAUGGCUGCUCCACGGUGCCAACAGGUUUUCAUUGUUUUUUUUUUGUCUCUUCAGCCUUUGUUUGUUUAGGAUUUUGUACACAGCCAGCUCCUCCACAUUGUUUAACCUAUUCACAUUUAGGCUCAUGUUCCAACUGGGAGAACGUUUUUCUGAUGUUCCUGUUAUUUUUAUUUUGGUUCUGGUUGGGCGAUGAAAGGGUCCGGCGGAUUGCAGUGAAAACGCUCAUAUUACGGUGCUUUACGCUCCGAGAAAGAGAGAGAAGAAAAUCUCAAAGGUGGGAAAGGGAAAGCAGCACAGAUGAGAGGAGGAACCACAGACACCGUAUUAUACAGUUGAGUGCAAGUGCAGUUAUUCUGUCACAAUGAAAGCUUUGUUACGUUCCUGAACAUCUUGGGCAGCUUUAUCUGAAAUGUACAAAAAAUGACUACAAAAAGCUUCAGCUGCACACAAGAAUUCUGUUAUGGUGUGCAUAAACGUACAGGAAGCAGCAGGCAUUCGUAAAUUGCCUGCAUUGUCUAAACCAUGGGUGUCCAACGUGUGGCCUGCGGAAUAUAAAAAAAAAAUACAAUUAGAGAAAAAAAAAAACAGCAAAAAAAUAAACAAGUCUGUCUGUUCAAAAGUCAAUCUGUUCCAAAAGGUCAAACGGAAACCGAGAGGUGCAAAAACGACUCGAUUUUUUUUCCGCAGGAAAUAAUGUAAAUCUCAUGAAUCCAUUCCAGACACCCAGAAAGCACACAGAACAUUCGGAAAUACGCAGUGCGCUUGAACGCCUCAUCAGAGCAGGGCACACAGUGCUUAUUGGAGGAAAAAAGGAGGCAGAAACAGAGUUCUAUGAAGAAAAAUACCCAACUACACACGAUAAUAAAGACGAUUAAAGGAUUCCGCUGUUGAUAUGUCCAAACUGUAAAGGAACCACUGACCAUUCUUCACAGAAAACGAGUCACCCACUAGUGGAUGCUUUGUUUGGGCCCUAUUUGGCCAUACAAUAACAGAGACAUAUUUUUUACAAAACAAUUUAAUCAAAAAACGAAUCCUACAAGAACAGGGGCAUACCGAGGCUACACUGUACUGAUAAUACUACUAAUAAUACACUUGUCACUUGCAAAACAAAGCUGUUUUUUCUUUAAAUAUAUAACGACUUAGUCUGGACACCUCUGGUCUAAACCGUUUGUUACAUGAAUGCACACAUAUUAAAUAUUGGAGAUAACCUCACAGCUGACGUAAAUGCCUUGGAAUUUGUCAGGCUCUAACAACAGGAACCAUAAAACACUUGCAUACACAAAUGCUUUAAAUUUGAUGCUCCCACCCAUUCAAAUUCCCCUUCAGCAAUCUGUGAUGGUUCAGUAAUUUCUAAUCCAUUACCUAAUAGAUUUGAGAAAUUCAUUACAAACCAAAAGCAGAUUUGCAGCGUUUGUAACCCCAUAUACUCAUAUAGUUCACUGGAGCAUUUUCUCACAAGAAUUAAGUCGGAUUUUGUACUAAAAACUAUAAUUAUUUAGAUUUAGAUAACCUUAUUUAUCCCAAGAAGGGAAACUCAUUUGCAGCUCACCACAUUUAACAUACUUCUUUCAAGACGUGACGUAAUAAGCAAUCAGCACGCAGUCAAAUGGAGGUCAACGAUAAGACAGCAAAUAAAUCAGGAAUAAUUAAAUAUCAUUAAAAACGGCCACUGCCUGGGUUUAAAAGCCCUGCAACUGUAACCACUCAGAGUGUAUUAAUUAUUUUUAGUCAGUGUGGUCAUUAUCGAGGCUUGUCACUGCUGGGGUGUGAGUUUUAAUUUGUUUAAAAAAUAUAUGUGCAAAGACAACCAUUUUUUUUGUGGUGAAUAGUGCUUACAGCUGCUGUAUGUCACUUGCUCAUUUGUUUCAACCCCAACGGUGGAUUGAAAGAACAGACUGAGAGAGAAAAAAAAUCAGAAUUCUGAAUAAAAAUUCGUAAAUUUGAUGAAAUUGUCAUUUGGGCGGAAUAAGAUUGCCGAUUACGGCCCCCCGUCUACACACACAAACGCAGUCCCAGAGAAGAGAGCAACAAUUUGCGGUCAUUCUGUUAGAAUACAUUCAAUGAUAGCUGACAAUACUCGCUAAACUUUGUCAAAUCACUACGGUUAGCUGACAACACACUAGUGCACGUGCAUGUGUUACGCUUACGUACUCAAAGCGGGAAGACGGCGGCACAGGAUGCCUGCGGUGCCUCUGAAAGUUUGUGCUCUCUCGGCAGCCGCUUUGUAUCUGUGACAUACAGCAGCUCUUGCUUUGUGUUUUUUUUUUUUGUCCAACUAAAUUCUUGAACGCAAAGUCAUCUCAUAGUAAAGGUCGGAAAAAAAAAAAAAAUAACAAAAAGAAAAUCAAAAUUCCAUCCCAUUUGCUUCAUUUCACAAUGCAAGCUUCUGUCUGCAUGCAGACCAUGAAUGUGGAAAAGAGUUAUGAUUGAAUAAUCGUCACGUCAAAGGCCUGAAAGAGAGUGCAGGGUUGUGUUAAUAAUGACAUAGCGGCCUGUGUGUGUGUGUGUGUGUGUGUGUGUGUGUGUGUAGGUGUGUGUGUGUGUGUGUGUGUGUGCGCACAUCUACAGCCUCACCUCCUCCUCUACCUCCCUUUAGCCAACGUCACUAUUACUGAUGUUCACGCCUCUUGGUCCUCAUUGAUUGUUAUUGUCCAUUGCUGUUCCACAUUAGCAGAAGCUUUUUAACCUGUGACCCGUAUUGUCCCGACUCUGUUUUUCUGUGUAGGAUAGUCAGGCGCAAUCAUUAACCUCUGUCAGGGAAACACACUUUUUCAUUUGCCUGACAAAGCCCGUUUACGUCCUUAAUUGUACUUAAUAUGUGCACAGAAGAAGGGGAGGUUUUGGAAUUAAACAAGCGACAUUGUUUCCCGGCGGUUCAUAUGCUGUGGCAGCAAAAGAGGAAACAGAGGGGGAGCUGACAGAAAGCAAUAUCAGAAUAAAUCUUUGUUUCCAUGCAGGCCCAAAGCACUAUCCCUUUAUUUCCCAGCCCCUGACUGUAAAUGUGUUGCAAAAACAACUGGAUCCCUGCUGUCUCCUUCCCAUCCAUUUUCUGCAGAGAGCAUCGAUUUCUAUAGGGUGUAAAUAUGUGCUGCAUUGUUUUCUUUGGUAGUUGGUUUGUUGUAUUUUUUUUUUUUUAAUCUCUCUCUCACUCUUUUAAUUGACCUAAAGCAUUUUUGUGGAGACCUGGUCCAAGCGCAAACAUAUGGCUCUUCUUUGAGUAAAUUAUUGUCAGAAAAUGUUUUGUAAAGAUUUUGAUGAUGAUUAAAAAAAUAAAUAAACAUCUAAAAUGGGA